ACAGUGUCACGUAUGUCAUCAGCUACUUGUGAUUGGGGCUGUAAGAUAAGGACAAUGAACGGCCAUUUUUUUUCUGAAUUUGGCAAUUGUGGUCAAUCUUGCGCUGUCUUUCCGGCAUAUUCCUGCCGUGGUCCCCGUUUGCCAUGGCAUGGUUUGUCGUUUUAGUGUCAGUUGUUUUAGUGCAGUGUGGUUCAUCCGUGCUGGGAUCAUAUAAGCCUAGUAUUGAUUACAUCCAGGAUCCCAACCCAUCCUUGUUGUGCUUGGCCAAGAAUGUCAGCGAUGUCUCGGGCCGUGUCCACUCCCAUCUGGAUGUCGAGAGGGCGCCCUAUGCCCCCAACAUGGACUGCCUGCUCACCAUCGACACCCAGCCCGGUCGACGCAUCAACCUGCGCUUUGAUUUCUUCGACUUAGCGCCGGGGUUUGAUAGGGCCAGCAACAGGUGCCGAUCCGAUGCAGACAGGUUCAUGGUGUACGAGUCUGACAAGGACUUUGUCAUCAAGAAUGACAUUCUCCAGCCCGAGGUGAUCUACUGUGGCGGCACCGGUAAAUUCCCCAAGGAUUACCAAUCCUACGGCAACAUCGUCACCAUCCGGUUUGUGACGGACGGCCUUAGCUCGCCGGAUACAGGCGUCAAGUUGGUGUACACAUCCUACAAGCCCCCACAAGAGGGAUCCGCCGACUGUUUCCGAUGCGUGGACAACUCCAUGUGCAUCGACGAGGAGCUGACGUGCAACGACGUGCCAAAUUGCAAUGACGACAGCGAUGAAGCCUAUGCAUUGUGUCGUGAGGACCCGAGUAACUUCUGGGAGAUCGGGAUCGAAAAGUUGGGCGUGGGCGUGGUGGCCACCAUCUGUGCGGCAAUUGGCCUGCUCAUCCUCAUCAUCUUCAUCACCUGCAUCGUCUGCUGUUGCUACUACAAGAAGGGGGAGGACGACCAGAAGCAGUAUCGCACGCCCCCCACCCCGAGGCCGGGGUCUUAUCCCUCCCACAACUCCAAUUACUCCUCCUACUCCUCCUCGGCCUCCACCACCAACGGCGGCAUGCACCCCAUGCCGGGCCUGCACGGCCGGAUGUACGAGGGCCUGCACGGGAUGAACGGAGGCGGAAGCAUCAACGGCAGCAUCACCGGCAUGAACGGGCUGGGCUCCCUCCCGGACAGCCACCGCCACCAUCACCACCACCACCACGGCCCCUCCCAGCCGUGUCACCCAUACCCCCACCAGUACAGCAUGAAUGGGCUCAACAGGUCCCCCUACCCCAACUACCCACCCACUUACCCCUCCCUGCCCAGUGGGGGGUCUCUGCAGAAUGGCGGGUACAGCGUCGCCUACAAUCACGACAAUGGGCGGAUGGAGUUUCCCCACAAAGUCUAAGCCAGUCCUUUCAAGUGAACUUGUCUCACACACGACUAAUUAUUGAGGGAUCAAGUGUGUACACCGCGACAGUAGGAAACUUGACAGGGUAUUUAUUGAAAGUAAAUGUAUUAGCCACUUUUGUUCUUUCCAAUGGUACAUGUACACCUCAGUAAGAAUUGUAAUCUUGAGAGAACUUUGUCCGGUAUUCACGGUAAGCAGCUUAAUGUGUAAAACCUUCCUGUCACAGCGGGGUGCCUAUGAGUAAUCCUUGUAGGCAAGUUUUAAUGUCUUUAUGUAACAGCCAUCCCUGCCACCCCUACACAGUCAGUGGCCACAGUGGACCUCCUCGACUGGUUUAACCGGCGAAUUGGUUUCAGAGGGCGAAUGGCCCCAUGCAUCACGUGUGUACUGUUUUGUUGCUCGACGGACGCUGGCCACUGCUGGAAUUACAGCCAAGAUCAAGGGGCCUAGAAUAUGGCCGAAAGUAUUCUGAGCACUGACUGUAUGCAUCUGUGGUCGGUACUUAAAUGGUAGUUACUAACCACCAGGUUUUGCAUUUCAGCGAGUCGGGGAGUCUCAGUUUCAAGGUAUGUUACGCACUGGAUGUCUCAUUUGCACUUAGGUUCCAAGGAAGUCUUCAAGCUGUUGACAGUGGCCGUAUUGGAGAGUGGGCCCGAUUGGACUCGUUGCCCGAUUGCCAAUUUUCUUAUUUUCAUGUUUGCGCAUUGUAAAGUGUACAUUAUAUCUGUCGGGUAGGCAUAGCGAUUGUAUUAACCGAUACUCUUUAAUGAUCACAACUUUUUUUUUUACCUCUGAAAAACAAAAGAUAUUUCCUGUCAUCGCUCAGCCAUGUCACUUCUGAAUUGCAUGUCGAAUUCAAGUGAAAAUGAAUGACUUUGCUACUCCUCUGAAAUAGGUUGACUCGGUGAAAAACUUUGUUAAUGGGAAUACGUGCAGCGAAUUCUGUCUCGAUACAAGUGUCACGUUGGACUGAUGUACACCUACCUGUAUUAUGCUCGCUCUGUGCCAAUCAAAGUUUAUUCCUUUCUCUGCCCACAAUUGGAAAAGAGACCUUUCUCCACACGUUUUCCCAUUUGGUACGGGUAAAGUAAUUAUGUAACAACCCUUAGUUGGUACUGAUGAGUAAAAAAAACAAAUUGACAUUGAGGUAAUUUGGAAAAUGUGUAGAAGUAAUUAACUGCAUACCAAAGUGAAUUUACUUUGUUAAUAUAGUGCUAGGAUACUCCUGUUACUCAUCGCUGUAUUUAUAAUCUGUUCACCGUACGCUUUUCUACAUGUGCUUUUGCAUCUCGUAUCUUAGAUAUUGCUGUGAUUUAUCAAUUUGCGCUCUUCGUUUUGAUACACGCAGGCGAUUGUUUUAUAACUGUUUAUCACUUCAUAGAAUUUUGAAGUAUUUCGUGUAUUACCCUUUCUGCCUGUUGCUCGUGUGCUCCGGCACACUUUUGUCGAAGUCUGUGUCGAGUUGUACUUAGCUAAUGGGCCUGAGCUGAUGUGGCAUUGCAUAGUUCAUCUGCUAGUCGUCACGUGCACAAACAGUUGAGGGCGCUCUUGUUAUAUUCGCUGAGAGGAUAAGUAGCACUUUUAGGAUUGACACGUCAUCCAGUGGCAUGUGUCAGAAGAUUCUGCUAACCAGGGAGACCUUGUCAACUCGAUGACUGUUGAAGUAUAUUUAUGUAAAGUUAGUAUUACAUGUAUUUGUUGGGCACACUUUCCACUGGGCAUCUUUCGUAAGAGAGAGGUCGUUGCUAGCCAGGCUUUUUCUAGUUCGUAGAAACAACAUGCCAAAUGAGUUGGCAACCAUAUGUGUAUGCAUCAUUGCAUGUAACUGAUGCGUGUACGUUUUAGAGACUAGAUACCAUGUGUUGAUUGAUAGAUGUACAUCGAUAGUUUAUCUUUUCGUUCGCUCACUUUCUGGAGGCACAGCACUUUUUUUUACCGCAACACAGUCACUGCACAUACGCAUAAGUGUCUAUACUCUACUUAAGAAUGUGUUUUGAACUUGAUCUGUUCCUUUGGAUACUCUUGUUGGACUUUGAGGAAAUAUUGUCCAAAUACCACCCGUUACAGUUAUGAUUCUGAGAUCAUAACUCUUAUGUAACUCCAAGAUAGCAAGUUUGGUGAGUAGUUCUGUUUAUAGAGUAAUGCCGAACAGAAUAGUUGUAGCUGAAGGUCACGGUCGGAAAUGUCUAGCUUCCCUACAUGUUACCUCUGUCAGAAGUUGCAGAAGUAAGCCUUUACCGACAAAAUAGUGAAGCAGUUUUAUCGCUCGUUACUUUUGUAUUCAUUUAUAUUUUAUUGUACAGUAACGUUUUAAGAUACCAUUUGUUUGAUAGCCUCAGUUGUAUUCAUGUCUUUUUUUUGUCAUUUUGAAAGACAGAAGUAAAAGUAAAGUUUAAAAGUACUGGAUUUUUUAAAAGUAGAGUCAACAGUUUACGUAAUAAGUAUCAGUAAAUUAGUCGAAUAACCACGGAGAAAGUUGAAUGUCAAUAACCAGCAAUUUGUUUUCGACAGUAUUUUUCAUAUCCUCGGGUUUAGAUUCACUUGUUACCUUUACAGUUCACCAAAUUGUAACUGCAAUUCCAUUUCGGACCAGUGUAACUUUAUUCCUGCCGUGGAAUGACAGGCUCGUUGAUUUGAAACCACAUUUUCAAUAUACGCGUAGAGUGACUCCAAGCCAGCUCUCGAGGAUUGUUUGUAACCGCACUGUACAUAAUGUGUAGAGUGUCAGUAUGUUAGUGUUUUGUGAAGGAUACUCGGCAAGUCAUCGCAGAGAUUUUGCGUCGACAAUUGAACCUUAACUUUCAGAGUUCAACAUUGCCAAGAUCUUGUUGAUUUUAGCUCUGAGAAUUCGAAUCGUGUAGGCUUUACUUAAUGCUGUCUGUGGAUUUGUUGAAUGCAAGGCCACGGCAUUUUGAAGAUCACAUAUGUAUGCAAUCAGGCCGGCCCGAAGUCAUGCCAUCCGGUAAUAAACAUCGCAAGUAUGCCAUCGUGGCCUUAGGGGCAGACCAAAAUCGUACAUCCAAUCCUUUUUAUACGAUUUUGAAGCAAUUCAGCAAAUCAUUAUCGUGAUACUGGAAAGCAGUAAUAACGUUCAUUAAGUCAUAAGAUUUGUGCUAUUAAAUAAAACGCGCACUGGCAUGUACAUGUAAGCGACGCAGCGUGAACAAAAUAUGAUCGAAUGUAGACUAAAUACCGAGUAGCUGUACCAUACCCGCGCAUAUUACAGAAAACUGAAGAUGUUUCACCAAGAUUCGAAGCUCUGUUCUUGACUGGUCCCCACCACUCUCACUAGUGGUCUUCCUCUGCAUGUGUAAUACAUGUGCAUGUACUACAAUGUACAAGGGCAUGCAAUUGUACAGGGGGACCGUUACAUUUUCUGCCGUUUCUUGGUCUUAUGUAGCAUUUUCAAACGAUAUCUAUAGGAAGUUGUAAGUAAUGCAUCGGCGUGUCGUAACUGUAAUCAAGUGCUGUAUAAACAUGACAUUUUUUUGUGAAACUGUGAUGCACUCAAUAAAAUGGUCCACCAGAGUCGAAA